AUGCACACACGCCCGACUUCUAGUCCACCCCUCCGCUCACUCCUCCCUCGUCCUGCAUCAUCGCGGACACCGCAUACGCGCUCGACCCCGCAUCCUCAGAUCGUCACUUCACCUCGUCCUCUUGCUGAUGUGACCUCUCGACCCUCGCGCACGCUCGAACUCUCGUUCGUCGACCGUCCCGUGCUCGAUUGA